CGCCCUCUGGUAUUUAGAGCAGCUCUCAGUGAGACUGUGUCAGUGUUUGUCCGGUGAACAGAGGAACAUGGCUUCAUCCUUUCUCAGCUUCUCCCUCCUCUUCAUCAGCCUCUACACAGCAGAUGGAUUUCGGAGUUAUUUUAUGAACCGCUGUGUGUUUAACUCCACUGAUCCAAAGGACAUCGAGUACAUCAGGUCUUAUUACUACAACAAGCUGGAGAUCAUCAGGUUCAGCAGCAGUGUGGGGAAGUUUGUUGGAUACACUGAGUACGGUGUGAAGAACGCUGAGUACUGGAACAAUGAUCCUUCAAUACUGGCUCAGAUGAGAGCUGAGAAGGAGAGGUACUGUGUGAACCACGUUGGGAUUUUCUACCAGGCUGCUCUGACUAAGUCAGCUGAGCCGUAUGUCAGACUGCACUCUGUGACGCCCUCUGGUGGUAAACAUUCAGCCAUGUUGGUCUGCAGCGUCUUCGACUUCUACCCCAAAAAGAUCAAAGUCAGCUGGCUCAGAGACGGAAAGGAAGUCACCUCUGAUGUCACUUCCACUGAUGAGCUGGCAGACGCUGAUUGGUACUACCAGAUCCACUCUCACCUGGAGUACACGCCCAGGUGAGUACACCUACAGGUCCAGGUCCACAUCAAGGUAGCUACAGGUCCAGGUCCACAUCAAGGUAGAUACAGGUCCAGGUCCACAUCAAGGUAGCUACAGGUCCAGGUCCACAUCAAGGUAGCUACAGGUCCAGGUCCACAUCAAGGUAGCUACAGGUCCAGGUCCACAUCAAGGUAACUACAGGUCCAGGUCCACAUCAAGGUAGAUACAGGUCCAGGUCCACAUCAAGAUAGCUACAGGUCCAGGUCCACAUCAAGGUAACUACAGGUCCAGGUCCACAUCAAAGUAGCUACAGGUCCAGGUCCACAUCAAGGUAACUACAGGUCCAGGUCCACAUCAAGGUAGCUACAGGUCCAGGUCCACAUCAAGGUAGCUACAGGUCCAGGUCCACAUCAAGGUAACUACAGGUCCAGGUCCACAUCAAGGUAGCUACAGGUCCAGGUCCACAUCAAGGUAGCUACAGGUCCAGGUCCACAUCAAGGUAGCUACAGGUCCAGGUCCACAUCAAGGUAACUACAGGUCCAGGUCCACAUCAAGGUAGCUACAGGUCCAGGUCCACAUCAAGGUAGCUACAGGUCCAGGUCCACAUCAAGGUAGCUACAGGUCCAGGUCCACAUCAAGGUAGCUACAGGUCCAGGUCCACAUCAAGGUAGCUACAGGUCCAGUUUUUCUCAGAGAGUGUAACAGAAUCACUGAUGUGUUUUGUGUCAGCAGGUCUGGAGAGAAGAUCUCCUGUGUGGUGGAACACGCCAGCCUGAGAGAACCUCUGGUUACUGACUGGGACCCGUCCAUGCCUGAGUCUGAGAGAAACAAGAUUGCCAUCGGAGCCUCAGGACUGAUCCUGGGUCUGGUCUUAUCUCUGGCUGGAUUCAUCUACUACAAGAGGAAGGCCCGAGGAAGGAUUCUGGUCCCCAGUAACUGAUCCUGGACCUGUAGCUGCUUGUCAGAUGGAAUAAAAAGCAGCUGCUGCUUCAACCUGCUUCAUGACUGUCAGUGCUGCAACACCUGAUUCUCUGCUGAUACUGAGCUGGUCUGAACCCUGAUCCAGGACUGUGGUCUUUACUCUGACAGUCCUGGACCAGGUUUAGUCUGGACUCUGAUGAUACUGAGCUGGUCUGAACCCUGAUCCAGGACUGUGGUCUUUACUCUGACAGUCCUGGACCAGGUUUAGUCUGGACUCUGAUGAUACUGAGCUGGUCUGAACCCUGAUCCAGGACUGUGGUCUUUACUCUGACAGUCCUGGACCAGGUUUAGUCUGGACUCUGAUGAUACUGAGCUGGUCUGAACUCUGAUCCAGGACUGUGGUCUUUACUCUGACAGUCCUGGACCAGGUUUAGUCUGGACUCACAGCUGGAUCUCAUAAAAUGCUUCACUGGCUCAAAUCUAGAUUUUACAGACGCUUCUAUCGACAAUCUGACUCUGAGUUUAGUUUCAAAUCAAAUAUGAUCCAGUUCUUUAAAUGAUUUUGGGGCUCGUAGGUUGUCUGAUUGUUGGAUUUAUAUAUUUUACUGGAGUGAACAUUUUUCUAACCACAAUAAACAAUCAGAAAACUCUCUGA